AUGGACGCGCAAAUCAAGAGGCAAUUGACCACAGCCGGUUACAUUGAACGCUUUUGGGAAAACCUUCUCAAGGCCGGAAAAGAAAAAUUAACUCGUGCACAUUUGACGGCACGUCUUGAACUUUUAGAAUCAUAUUGGUCAAAAUUCUUCAAGAUUCACGACGAAUUGCUAGUCAUGGAGAGGAUAGAAACCACUGAGUACAUGAAGCAAGAUUUGUACUCCAAGACAGAAGAAAGUUAUAUUUCCACGAAAACCGCAAUCACUGCAUACUUGCAGAACGUUAAACCGGCCAGUUCUCCGGGAUCCAGUGAAGCAAGCACGGUCCUCCGUCAAAUUCAAUUACCAAAGAUAAAUCUGCCCACUUUCAAUGGCGAUCAGCUGGCAUGGGAUAGCUUCAGAGACCAGUUCAUGUCGCUGGUUCACGAGGUCGAUGGACUCGCUCCCAUUCAAAAGCUGCAAUACUUAAGGUCCAGCCUCACUGGUGAGGCCGCUGCAGUUGUGUCCAGUAUUGAGAUGACAGCCAACGGUUAUGUAUCGGCGUGGGACGAGCUAGUGACACGCUACGACAAUAAACUAGUUCUUUUAUCGAGUCAUAUGCGCGCCCUAAUUUCUUGUGCUUCGAUUACAAAGGCAAGCGCCGCCGAAAUAAACAGGCUCGUCAGUGCCGUCAAUCAUGCAGCUCGCUCUUUCAAAGCUUUAAAGCGCCCGGUAGAGCACUGGGACGACUGGUUUGUACAUAUCUUAGUGGAAAAAUUGGAUUCAUCUUCACGUCUUCUCUGGGAAUCGUCACAAAAAUCUAGCCAGCAAUUUCCGGCAUUCAAUGAUCUCAAGUCAUUCUUGCUCACUCGUGUUCGAGCUCUAGAAGCCGCACAGCCGCAUACGCCAUCGUUGACGAGCAGUUCAGCGAAAAUAAAGAAAAGCGGACGUCGAGACGAGAUCUCCUCUCACUCUGCUUCUACCACUCCAGGCUCGCAGUGUCCUCUCUGCAAGGAUCAUCACUCGCUGCGAUCUUGUGCCAGAUUCAAGGCCUACUCUGUUGAGCAGCGCCGCGAACAAGUGCGAAAGGCGAGGGCGUGCUUCGACUGCCUGGGCUACAAUCACACGUUGACAGCAUGCCCCUCGACCAAUCGAUGUCGUCUCUGUCACGACAAACAUCACUCUCUCUUGCACGCUGAAGAGACAGCGGCUUCGCAGCCACCUGCUCAGGACUCACACACCUCGGCCACGCUAUCGAACAAGGUCGCUGCUGCCGAAGAAGCUGCAAAGGUUGCAGCGUUGUCGAGCUCCAUCAGCAGCGGUGCUGCUCGCGACUGCCAUAAUUACAUUGAUUUCCGAAUCGGAUCGUACGUUUACCGCGCGAGCACUCUUGGUUCCGAAGCGUCGUUCGUGUCGGAGCGCGUUGCACAGCAACUCAGGUUGCGUCGACGCAAGGUCGUAACAGUCUCCGGACUGCAGGGAGUGACCACCGGCAAGGCCUCUCAUGCCGUAUCACUUCUGAUCGGCAACAGGCGGGCGCCAUCUUUGCGCAUUGCUCUGCCCAAUGCGCUAGUCAUGCCCAAACUAACUCCGUUUACUCCUGGUAUUCAGGUACGCAAGGACAACUGGCCCCAUCUUGAAGAUCUCGAGUUGGCGGACCUAGGCUUCGAUCGUCCGGCUACCGUCGACGCAAUUCUAGGAGCUGACAUCUACGGGAUGCUCAUCGAGGGCGGAGUUAGACGCGGAUCUCCCGGAGAGCCAGCAGCUCAUUCUACUGUUUUCGGCUGGGUUCUGAUGAGCCCGCUCACGGCCAAGGACAACUUGCCGCCGAGCGGCAUCACCAGCUAUCACACUACCGUUGAACCUGAUCUAGGUCAACAGCUUCAGCGAUUCUGGGACCUUGAAGAGGUCUCCUCGCAAUGGAUUCUCUCGCCUGACGAGAAUUACUGCGAGCAUCUAUUCAAGACAACGCAUUCUCGCGACGCGCAGGGUCGCUACAUCGUGCGCCUUCCGAAGAAACCGGAUCCGCCGGCGGAGCUCGGAGACUCCCGUCGCGGCGCACUUCGGCUACUCUUGCAGAACGAGAAUCGUUUAAGUCGAAUUACACCUCUUAGGCAAUCUUAUACUGAUUUUAUGAGUCUGUAUUCUGCUCUAGGUUAUAUGGAGCCAGUGUCCAGCAACGAGUCGAUCAGGAACUCUUAUUAUUUGCCACACCAUGCCGUGACUAAGAAGAAUGAUCCGGGUGGAAAACUACGAGUCGUUUUUAACGCUUCGUUUCGUACUACAACGGGCGUCUCUCUAAACGACCUGCUUCUGCCUGGACCUCGGCUGCAGGCGGAUCUUUGGCUCGUGUUGACUCGUUGGCGACUGUAUCGAUUUGCCUUCACCACGGACAUCCUGGCCCAAGAAGAGCAUCGUUUUCCGAAGGGAGCAGCUGCCAUUCGCUCCAACAUUUAUGUUGACGACAUACUAGCCGGAGCGAGCACCCUGGAAGAAGCCCUUGAGAUCAAGGAUCAACUUGUAGGUCUCCUUGAAGCUGGAGGAUUUCAACUCAGCAAGUGGGCAUGCACGCACUCCGCGUUCUGUCCGGACGGCAACCAAACAGAGCGUCUCAUCUCCGACGCAGACUGUGUGGGCGCACUUGGCGUCCUUUGGACUCCCACCGUUGAUGAACUGAGUCUCAGAGCGGUUCCGUCGCUGAACUACUCAUCAGCGCCAACAAAACGUACCGUUCUUUCCACGGUGGCCAAAUUGUUUGAUCCGGCGGGGUGGGCCGCCCCCGUGCUUGUCGCUGCAAAAAUCUUUAUCCAGGAUCUCUGGAUGGCAGGCCUGGAUUGGGACCAAUCGAUUCCUUUGAACCUGCGGUCACGCUGGCUGCAUUUCGCUGCCAAGUUACCCGAGUUGAACCGAACCCGGAUACCGAGAUGGACCGGCGUUCAAGGAGGGUACGAACUGCACGCAUUCUGCGAUGCCUCCGAACGAGCAUACGCUGCCGCAGUCUACUUGCGCGGAAUCAAGGACUCAGGCGAAUUCGGAUCAUCUCUUCUGAUCGCCAAAACAAAGGUCGCUCCUCUGAGGCCGGUCUCAAUUCCGCGCCUGGAACUUUGCGGUGCUCUGCUUGCUGCCCGGCUUCUUCGUCGCAUCGCGACCGAGCUGCAAAUUGCCUCCGCUCACUUAUACGCUUGGACGGAUGCGCGAGUUGUCUUGGUUUGGAUUCGAGCACACCCCUCGCGCUGGACAGCAUUUGUGGCCAACAGAGUUGCUGCCAUACAAGAAUUGUUGCCGCCAGUUCAUUGGCGCUACGUCUCUACGCAGGAAAAUCCGGCCGACUUGGCCACACGAGGCAUCGCUCCCUCAGACUUAGAGAGCUCUCAAUUGUGGUGGACUGGCCCACAAUGGCUUAAAUCUCCUUCCGAGUCUUGGUAUGCGGUUGACUCAGUCGAACCGGAGAUUGAUGAAGAGCGUCGUUCACUUGCGACAGUAUUCAAUGACCGACCGAGGCCAGAUCUUCAGGCCGAACCAGAAAACGAUUUACUGUGUCGAUUUUCGUCUUUUAACAAACUUAUUCGAGUUUCAGCCCUUUGCCUUAGAUUCCUGCGAAAUGGAACUCGCCCCGGAACACUUUCUCUAUCUGCCGAUAAACUGGAUCGCUGUCGUCUUCGCUGGCUCCGCAUUGUGCAACAGCAAAGCUUUGCAGCAGAGCACAAGGCUCUUUCCGAAGGAGAGCCUGUAUCACGUCGCUCUGCUCUGCUCGCACUGCGACCCUUCAUCGCGGGGGAUGGUCUCAUUCGAGUCGGUGGUCGACUUGGACACGCCUCGCUGGCCUUCGAGGAGAAGCAUCCAAUCAUUCUCGCCAAGGACAACCAUUUGUCGCUCUUGUUGGUACGCGAUGCGCACCAUCGGACUCUCCAUGGCGGACCGCAGCUUACCUGCAGCGUACUCAUCCGCCGCUACUGGAUAUUGCGAGUUAAUUCUCUGAUCAAGUCCGUCACACGUAAUUGUGUAAGAUGCGUUCGCUUCAAGAAUGCACCCGCGCAACAGCAGAUGGGUCAUCUUCCUGGUGAUCGGGUCACAGCUGCUCGUCCAUUCUGGUCCUCUGGCGUCGAUUAUGCCGGGCCAAUUCAGCUCCGAGCCUCCAAGGGCCGAGGACAAAAAUCUUAUAAGGGAGCAGUUCAUCUGGAGGCUGUCUCGGACUUUUCGUCUGAUUCCUUCCUGGCCGCGUUUGCACGAUUCGUAGCAAGACGAGGUCGCUGUGCGCGCCUUGCCAGCGACAACGGGACCAAUUUCCGAGGAGCGGACAAGGUCUUGCGAGACAUGUUUCAAACGGCAUCAGACUUCUAUCACGAAUGCCGAGACAAACUAGCGCAGGACAGUACCGAGUGGCACUUCAUUCCCCCGUCAGCUCCGCACUUCGGCGGGCUGUGGGAGGCGGGCGUGAAGGCCACCAAGUAUCAUCUUCGGCGCGUUCUGGGUGACCAGCUUCUCACCUACGAAGAGUUGUCUACUCUCCUUUGUGAAAUAGAGGCGUGCCUCAAUUCCAGGCCGCUCUAUCCUUUAAGUAACGAUCCAGCUGACUACGCUGCGAUCACUCCUGGACACUUCCUAAUUGGUGAAACUCCAAUCAGCAUUCCGGAACCUCCAUCUCCUGUCAAGACUUCCGGCUCGGCCACUUCACGUUAUAAGUUGAUUUCUAACAUGCGUGAUCAUUUUUGGCACAGGUGGUCGCAGGAGUAUUUCCAGCACCUUCAGCAGCUCGGAAGGUGGAGACAUCGUUUUGCCAAUCUCCAACCUGGAGCUCUAGUUCUCAUCAAGGACGACCUGAGACCACCCGCAAAGUGGUCUCUCGGACGAGUCGUUCAGGUGCAUCCCGGCGACGACGGGCUCGUACGCGUUGUUACGGUGGACACUGCUACCUCACAAUUCCGUCGCCCAAUCUCGAAGAUCUGCCCGCUUCCGAUCAACCAUGAGGAAGCAGAUCACGCUACCAACUAA